AUGGUAUCACAAAGGACGCCAAAGAUCCUAUCACGGAACAAUGUGAUUGAUCUCCUAGCCGAAGGGAAAGUUAUAGUAAUCUACGAAAGACUGGUUUUAAAUUUAACUUCGUGGAUAUCGAGACAUCCAGGUGGAGACAAAGCGGUUUAUCAUAUGGUUGGUAGAGAUGCCACUGAUGAAAUGAAUGCCUAUCAUGAUCCUCUGACGUUGAAGUUGUUUAAGAAUUUCAAAAUUGGUGAAAUUGAUCAUGCUUGGGAGAAUCUUUUACCACCUAUUCAAGGGGCUGUGUAUGAAAAGGGGCGAUAUGUUGGAAUCAAGGGUGUUGAUUUGGAUUCCAAAUUGGAUAAUAACUUGUCGGAAAGUGGAUCGGAUUUGGAUUUGCAAAGCUUACCAAGCACGAUAUCGGAUAAACUGGAUGAACUUCCAUCAACAUCAAAGGGGAAUGGACCAAAGGGAUGUGACUCUGACCCCAAACUUGUUAAACCGGUUGUGCCACAAAAUGUAUUGGUAACUGAAUCAAAUAAAGAUUUGUUGUUUCCAGUACUGCAUUCGCCUAUUGUUGAUCCAAAACUUCUCAUGACAAACUAUGAUAACCAAUUGUCUCAACAGGAUAUACUGUCGGUCCCAUCGUUGGAUUACAAGACCCAAAGACAUUUGAGAGAUGAGUAUAAUGAGUUGCAUGAAUUUCUCAUUAGUCACAAUUUCUAUCAAUGUGAUUACUGGGCAUACGUGAGAGAAGUUGUUAAAAUUACAUCACUUUUCUUGUACUCGUUGUCAUUUUUCAAAUUGAAAUGGCUUAUCACCAGUGCUUUUUUCAUGGGAAUGGCUUGGCAUCAAGCCACAUUUAUCGCCCAUGAUGCGGGACAUGUUUCAAUCACUCACAAUUAUCAAUUUGACAAUCUUUUUGGAAUGAUUAUAGCUGAUUGGUUUGGUGGUUUGAGUUUAGGUUGGUGGAAACGGAACCACAAUGUUCAUCAUUUAAUCACCAAUGAUCCGGUUCAUGAUCCUGAUAUUCAGCAUUUGCCAUUCUUUGCCGUUAGUGUAAGAUUGUUUGAUAAUGUUUAUUCAACAUAUUAUGAAAAAAUAUUGUACUUUGAUGCCUUUGCGAAAGUGUUGGUUCCAUUGCAACAGUAUCUUUAUUAUCCCAUCUUGUGUUUUGGAAGAUUCAAUCUUUAUAGAUUGUCAUGGACGCAUCUUUUGCUUGGAUUGGGCCCCAGAAGAGGCAAAGCGGCAUGGUUUAGAUACUUUGAACUAGCCGGAUUGAGUUUUUUCUUUUAUUGGUUCUUUUACUUGUUGGUAUUUAAGUCGAUUGAUGGUGGAUGGAAUAGAUUCAAUUAUAUAAUGGUUAGUCAUAUUGCCACCAUGUUGGUCCAUGUUCAAAUCACAUUGUCGCACUUUGCAAUGUCAACGGCCGAUUUGGGGGUUAGUGAGUCAUUCCCAUCAAGACAACUUAGAACCACCAUGGAUGUUGAUUGUCCUGAAUGGUUGGAUUUCUUACACGGAGGAUUACAAUUCCAAGCUAUUCAUCAUUUGUUCCCACGGUUGCCACGUCACAAUUUCAGACGGGUGCAACCUCAUGUGAUUGAUUUUUGUAAUAAAGUUGGACUUCCUUAUUCGAUUUAUGGGUUUGGUGAAGGUAAUGGUGUUGUUAUUAGUAAGUUGGCUGAUAUUGGGAAACAAUGUACAAUUUUAUUAGAUGCAACAAAGAAAUACGAUGGUGAUUUAUAUUAG